ACAACCAAAAAAUAUGGGAAACAUAUUGAAAAUGACACAGGAACAGAACACAGCCGUGCGGCUGCACAUGAGGCCACAAGGUGGAGCCCUCGCUCCACGUUUGGCACAACCGGCCGCUAUCUCUGCAAAAGAGGAAGCGGAUUCAGGGCAGCCGCGGAUGAACACCACAGCUGUGCUGCAGCUCCCUCAGCUAGUACCGCCAAGAGAUCGGUCAGGAGCACACCUUGGCCCACUAGCCGGCAAAAGCCAGCUGUGGCGAGCGUGCGGGGCAUCGGACUGGGUAAUAAAGACUGUGUCCAGAGGAUACAGGCUCCAGUUUGCCGCAGCCCCACCCCGUUUCAGGGGCAUAGUACAAUCUCAUGCUCGGGGGGAACAUGCACACAUCUUGCAGGAAGAGAUCAUUUCCCUGCUGAACAAAAACGCAAUCCGGCUGCUUUCCCAGGAGGAAAGCGAGGAGGGAUUUUACUCCAGGUACUUCCUCGUCCCGAAAAAGGACAGGGGCCUGCGACCUAUAUUGGAUCUGCGAGCUCUGAACACAUAUCUGAGAAAGUAUACGUUCAGGAUGCUGACCCAUGCAGCUCUGAUACGGUUUGUUCGCCGCGGAGACUGGUUUAUCUCCGUCGAUUUAAAAGACGCGUACUUUCACAUCCCUAUAUACCCUCCUCACAGAAAAUAUCUCAGGUUUGCAUUUCAGGGAAAGAUGUACGAGUAUCUCGUACUUCCCUUUGGCCUGUCGCUCAGCCCACGGGUGUUUGUAAAAUGCACCGAGGCUGCAGUCGCUCCUCUGAGGGAGAAAGGCGUACGCCUGGCAACUUAUAUAGACGACUGGCUUAUUGCAGCUCAGUCCCCAGCGGAGCUCAUGACGCACGCAGAGAUGCUUACGUCUCAUCUGGCGGCUCUAGGUUUCUCAAUAAACCGGGAAAAGAGCAUUCUAACCCCGGUGCAAACAAUCACUUUUAUUGGUCUGUCCCUGAACUCCAACGAGUUCAGAGCGCGCCUUUCGGUGGAAAGAGAGGAAGCCUUUCGGGCUUGUCUGGCACUCUUUCGCAGAGGCGCGCAUGUGAAACUCAGGCUCUGCCACAGACUGUUGGGUCUGAUGGCGUCAGCGCUGGCCGUCAUCCAGUUAGGCCGUUCACAUAUGCGCCCUUUUCAACGCUGGGUUGCGUCCCUUCGGCUGAACCUGGUCCGACACGCUCACCGCAAGGUGAUGAUUUCUCCAACAUGCGCACGAGCUUUGAGCCCGUGGAAAAGCCCCACAUUUCUCAAUACCGGGGUUACCAUGGGAACCAUCCAAACAAGGAAGGUUAUCACCACAGAUGCCUCGUUGACAGGCUGGGGUGCCACGCACGAGGGCAGGAUGGUGAAUGGCACAUGGAGCUCUCUGACACAGACAGCUCACAUAAAUUGUCUGGAGCUUCUGGCCGUGAUGCUGGCACUAAGACACUUUCUGCCCUUCAUCAGAGGGCACCAUGUUUUAGUGAGGACAGACAAUACAACGGUGGUCGCUUACAUCAACAGACAGGGUGGUCUGCGCUCUCAUCAGUUACACACGCUGGCACACAGACUGAUAGUCUGGACCAGCUCACGCCUGCUGUCACUGAGAGCGAUCCAUGUACCAGGAGUCAUGAACAGGGGCGCAGACUUGCUAUCAAGAGGCAAUCCCCGCUACAGGGAGUGGAAACUCCACAGCGAGGUUGUAGCUCAAAUUUGGGAGAGAUACGGCCAUGCGGAGGUCGACCUCUUUGCAUCAGAGGAGAAUGCUCACUGUCCAAGGUUUUUCUCCCUGACCGGAGAAGGUGCUCCCCUGGGACUGGAUGCACUGGCACACAAGUGGCCACAGGCUCUACUGUAUGCCUUUCCCCCACUGGAGCUCAUUACUCCUACACUCGCCAGAGUACGGGCGGGGAAACAUGUACUCAUUCUUAUAGCCCCCCGUUGGGCGGGGAAACACUGGCUAGCAGAGAUCUUCCAGUCACUGUACGGCGAGCCAUGGCGGCUUCCUCUUCGCAGAGAUCUGCUGACGCAGGCUCGUGGAGAGAUAUUUCAUCCUCAUCCAGAACGUUUAGCUCUUUGGGCCUGGCCUGUGAGAGGGUGAAUCUGACUGCCAAUGGGCUCCCUUCGAACGUCAUUAAAACUAUUCAGAGUGCAAGAGCUGUUUCCACGAACAGCGCAUAUGAAGGUAAAUGGCGUGCAUUUGAAAGCUGGUGCACAAAAACCAUGGUGAGCGCCAUGCAGAGCC